AUGCUGGACCACGGAUCGCUUGACCAUUCCAAUGUUAAUGCUACCGACGCCCUGCGCCAUCGAAUGCGGCAUUCUGCGGCCCACGUCAUGGCCGAUGCUGUAUUGAAGGUUUUUCCGGAAGCGAAAAUGGGCAUCGGGCCCCCGACUCAGGACGGUUUCUAUUACGACUUCGACGUUUCCCGCCCUUUCACUCCUGAAGAUCUGGAAAGCAUUGAAAACUUAAUGCGACAAACAAUCGCUGACCGGCAGCCUUUCCUGAGAGAGGAGCUUAGUCGGAAAGAAGCCUUGGAUUUGUUUGCUGACCAGCCAUACAAGCUCGAGAUCAUCGGCGACCUUCCUGAAGAUACUACCCUCAGCAUCUAUCGCCACGGAGGCUUCAUAGACCUCUGCCAGGGCCCCCAUGUGGAUGGCACGGCGGAUAUUCAGGCCGUAAAGCUGUUGAAUAUCGCCGGCGCCUACUGGCGGGGCGACGAGCGCCGGCCAAUGCUGCAGCGGAUCUAUGGCACCGCCUGGGAAACGCAGCAGGCCCUAGACGAUUACUUGACAAGGCUGGAAGAGGCUGAACGCCGCGACCACCGCACGCUGGGCCGCCAGUUGGGCCUUUUCUCAGUGCAUGAGGAAAUAGGGCCGGGACUAAUUGUGUGGCAUCCCAAGGGCGGGGUAGUACGCUCUCUCGUGGAGGACUACUGGCGAGACAUCCACUACCGGCACGACUACAGCAUUGUGUAUUCUCCCCAUAUAGGUCGGGCCCAGCUUUGGGAGACCAGCGGCCACCUGUCCCACUAUCGGGACAGCAUGUAUGCGCCUUUGGAAGUGGACGAGCAGGAAUACUUCCUAAAGCCCAUGAAUUGUCCCUUCCACAUCAUGGUUUACAGGUCUUCGCUGAGGAGCUACCGGGAAUUGCCCUUACGAAUAGCGGAGUUGGGAACGGUUUACCGCUACGAGCGGAGCGGUGUACUCCACGGGCUUAUGAGGGUAAGGGGGUUCACCCAGGACGACGCCCAUAUCUUCUGCCUUCCGGAACAAGUGGAGUCCGAAGUGGGUGGGGUACUUGACCUGACGUUUGAACUGCUGGACGCUUUCGGUUUCACUGAUUUUUCCAUAUCCCUUUCCACAAGGCCGGAGAGCUACGCCGGCGAGUUGGAUCUGUGGGAGCAUGCUACCGAGUCCCUGCGUCGAGCACUGGAACAGCGCAGCCUGGUUUACGAUAUUGAUGAUGGCGGUGGAGCCUUCUACGGCCCCAAGAUCGAUAUCAAGAUUAAGGACGCCCUGGGUCGCGACUGGCAGUGCACCACGGUCCAGUUUGAUUUCAACUUACCUGAGCGGUUCGACCUUUCAUUCAUGGACUCCGAAGGAGGCCGGAGCAGACCCUUCAUGGUCCACCGUGCGAUACUGGGAUCACUUGAAAGAUUUCUGGGAGUUCUUAUUGAGCACUAUGCCGGUGCCUUCCCGCUGUGGCUGUCUCCCACCCAAGCAGUAGUAAUUCCCAUCGCCGACCGUCAUCAGGAAUAUGCGGAGUCAGUAAAGACCCGGCUGGAAUCCAAGGGUUUCAGAACUGAGGUAGACGGUCGCAGUGAGCGAAUGAACCUCAAGAUACGCAAUGCCCAGCUGCAGAAGAUUCCCUACAUGCUGGUUGUGGGAGACCGGGAACAGGAUGACGACGCAGUAGCCGUACGUACUCGUGAGGGAGGCAACUUGGGCGCCAUGCCGGUAACUGACCUGCUAAGCCGGCUGGCUGACGAGUUGGCGGGAAGAAAUGUUCAACAAUGCUAG